CAACAUUCUUCAUCCCUAUGAUAAUCGUCCUGAAAACUAGUCGACAUGAACGCGGCACCGAGCAACACCACCAUAUACGGCUGGAAAGCGGAACCGUACGUCCGCGGCACAUCUAGCAUACUCACGUCGUGCCUCAUUACCCUUACUCUUUGCGUCUGGACUGCUGUACAUCUGAAUAUCCCAAAGUAUCAAAGGACGGCCGAAGCUACCAGGCGGAAAGUGCUUUGGUUAGUAACUGCGCUGCUAGCACCCGAAUUGGUAGCGCUUGUCGCCUUGUCUCAAUGGCGCGAAGCUCGAAAGCUAGGACACCAUGUGCACGAGGUAUAUAGCCAAAAGAGUGGACGAGGCUGGGUUCACUCUUUUGUAACCCUCUUAGCAAAGGUCCAGCCUAAAUGGGGGAUCGAAGUGAUAAGUGGGACCAUGGAAGAAAGCGAUAGCUUAAGAAGCAAGACUGCAUCCGACCAGCAACCCGCCAGGCACCAAUGGACUACCACGCAUUCCUUCUACGCAUUGAUGGGAGGCUUCGCAUUAGACACCCGUAAUGUUGAGCCGAACGUGUUUCAGAACGAUCGGCGCCGAAUGAUAUUGUCCGCUGACGGGUUUCGAUUCUUACUUGACCACGAGCCGAAUCUCCUUCCAGACCUCUCCCGUGCAGAGAUCCAAGACAAAAGCAAGGCCAACAAUCUUGCAAAGACAAUUGUCUGUGUACAGGCUAUGUGGUUUUGCAUCCAGUGCUUCACGCGAUGGAGCAUUGGCCUAUCGACAUCACUCCUCGAACUCAACACAUUCGCCCACUGCAUCUGUGCCUUGAUAAUCUUUAUGUUAUGGUGGAACAAACCUCUCGAUGUUGACGAGCCGACAUUGAUCAGUGCAAGUAAUAAUCUAGAGCUCGCAAGCUUGCUGGCUCUUUACUCUGGCACGAGACAGCAACGGCAACGCAAUCCCCUUAAGAUGUCUCACGCUCUCCUAGAAGCAUCAAGAGGUCACCCAGCAGCAAUCCCUAGAGAGGAAGGCCAAGUCAUCCUGGGAGUGGGGGACUCCUACCAGGGAUUCAUAUUCAAAGGCUUCUGCGCCGAACACCCACGAACUGUUGUCAAAACUCUUGUAAAUACAGUGCCAGGAAAACUUCUUUUAGAUGAAAACGACAUGCGUCGCUGGGAGUUUGCCGAGAAGGCAACCCUGAAGUACUACCCGAGUAACACGUUUCUGGGCAAAUGCCAUGAGAAGAUGCUAGUUGACCGUGUGGACGAUGUUCCCAAGAUGUCGACAGUGUCUCGCGGCGCAAUGUUGGCCACAUUCGCGUUUGCCGGGUUUCUCUACGGCGGGGUCCAUCUUAUUGCAUGGAAUAAUUCCUUUCGAUCUGAUGCAGAAGCAUACAUUUGGAAGAUUUCCGCUAUCAUCCUCGCCUCUUCUGGCCCUCUAGCCGUCCCAUUCAUCUUUGCUGAGGCACUAUGGGGCAACAUUGGAGGUGACAGUGGCACGUGGAGAGGGAUUUACGCAGGUGCUAUUCUCAUACUCAUUCCCGUCUGUGGCAUUGUGUAUAGUGCCUGCAGGGUAUACCUCAUUGUGGAGAGCUUUUGGAACUUGACACACUUGGAAGAAUCGACGUUUGUUGUACCGAAUUGGUCGCAGUACUUUCCGCACAUCACGUAGACUAGUGCAUAGUCAAAUGAUUCCGG